AUGACAGAGGGAGAGGUGGGAUGCUCACCUAGUCCCGAGGCAACAUGCUUGGUCAUGUUCUCGACUCGCCGCCGCCCAACCAACCGCCUAAUCUCAUCUCCUUUUUAUGAUCGUUCGCUAACGAUCGAUAAGCGAGAUAUCGUCUUUCCUCCCUUCUUCGACAUGGUGCCCCCGUGGGAGGAGGCACCAUGCCCCCCAGAUAAUCGUUCGAGUAUCCCCAAGAAUCGAAUAUAUCCCUCGCCACUGGCGGCGGCUGAGCUUCGUCUCCGCCAGGUCUGGGACGACGUCCAAGAUUCGACAGAGGGCCUCGCUGUUGCCGCUCAGAGCUCACAGCACUCGGACGGAUCAAAUCCGCCUUUCAUACACGCAGCGCAAACUGCGCGAGAUAUUUGGAUUGAAAUUCAAUCGCUCCCGCCUGAUCUUCUCCUCGGUGUAUGGAGUAUUCUGUGCGAGCAUAGAUCGCUCCUCCUUGAAAUCCGUGGCACGAUCGCUUCUGGCAUGGUGACCAACAUAGACGCUACAAACUUCGAGCAGCGUCUGUGCGCUGUCUACUCCAAAAUAAAGGCGGCAAAGAUAUGUGGUGCCACCCCACAAUCUGCGUCUGCGUCUGGGUUCUUCCAAGGCGCCCAUGACAUGGUUUUCUAUGGCGGCCAGUUCACUGUCAUCCAGCAAACAAAUGCUUCCGACCCAUCCGGAAUUAAGCGUGUCCCACCGCCUCUCUGCUAUCCUCUCUCGCCCUCUCUCGCCGUCCUCGCUGUCGCCUGCCUCGCUGCGGCGCGCAAAGGCCAAGACAACAACAUGGACAUGUGCACCGACACCACCAAUGGUCAUGGCACCAGGCCACACGGUGCCCUACCUCCGCUUCACCCCAGGUGCAGAACAAUAUGGGUCGAGGGGUGGGUGCCGAGCUUUGCUGGCUGGCUAACACAAGUCUUCCCACUUCACUUCGACCUCCUUCAAGCUCCGACUCCAUACAUCUUUGGACCUCGAGUUACUACGACCACGACCUCCUCGGGCUAUCCCGCACUCGCUGUUACAUCCAACGGUCUCGUACCCCAAGCACCUUUGCCUGUUGUUGGACUCGCGCAACUACUGGCGAACGCGCGCAGAAAGCGCAUCAGAAAGGCGGUCUUCCCACUCGUUCUUUUGUCUUUCAAUCCCUUCGUCCUCCUUUUCGAUGCGAUGUCUUCUCAAACCCCCUCUCUCCCUCGCCCACCCCUCGCCCACCUCAUACACGCUCCUCCAUCCCCUUCCGCUCCUUUCCUUAUCCCCUCCCUCCCCGUCGUCGACCCACACGGCUCGUACCUCCUCUCCUCUAUCCGUUUCGCCCCGUGGACGCUCGAAACGGGCUCUUGGGAAUCAGAGAUGUAG